CCCCAAAACACUUUAGCUUUUCCAUGCUUCGUGCUUCGUUACCCUGCUUUUGCUUUUUCUCGCUUUAUGCUUCUCGUUGCUGCGUUUCAUGAUGCCUAGCGUUAAUCCCGAUUCAUCCGAUAAGGAUGCGGAGCCGUUUGUGGAAGUUGAUCCCACCGGCCGAUACGGGCGAUACAAUGAACUUCUCGGGUCAGGCGCAGUGAAGAAAGUAUACCGGGCGUUUGAUCAAGAAGAGGGCAUUGAAGUUGCAUGGAAUCAAGUGAAAUUGCGAAACUUUUGCGACAAUCCGGCGAUGAUCGAGCGGCUUUACUCGGAAGUCCGGUUGCUCAGAACCCUAAUGAACAAGAACAUCAUCUCCCUGCACAAUGUGUGGAGAGAUGCAGAUCAUAACACGUUGAAUUUCAUCACCGAAGUUUGUACUUCCGGCAACCUGAGAGACUACCGGAAAAAGCACCGGCAUGUCUCCAUGAAAGCCCUGAAAAAAUGGUCUAAACAAAUACUCAAGGGCUUGAAUUACUUGCACACUCAUGAGCCUUGUGUAAUUCACAGAGAUCUCAAUUGCAGCAAUGUUUUCGUAAACGGAAACAUUGGUCAGGUUAAAAUCGGUGAUCUGGGUAUGGCGGCGAUAGUGGGGAAGAACCAUUCGGCGCAUUCGAUUCUCGGUACACCGGAGUUCAUGGCGCCAGAGCUUUACGACGAAGAUUAUACAGAAAUGGUGGAUAUAUAUUCAUUUGGGAUGUGUGUUUUGGAGAUGGUGACACUUGAAAUUCCCUACAGUGAAUGUGACAAUAUUGCAAAGAUUUACAAGAAGGUUUCAUCUGGGGUGAGGCCGGCGGCUCUGAGCAAGAUCAAGGAUCAAGAAGUGAAGGAUUUCAUUGAGAGGUGUCUUGCUCAACCUAGGGCGCGGCCGUCGGCGGCGGAGCUUCUUCAUGACCCCUUCUUUGAUGGUAUUGAUGAUGACGAAAACGAUAUAUGAUAGUGUUUGUUCAUGAUUAGGUUUCUUUUGAACCAGCUCUGGAUUCAAUUUCUCUUUUUCUUUCUAGUUUUCUAUGAUUGAAUUGAAUUUUCUAUAAUUAGGAUAAGGAUUUGAAGUAGUGGGGAUGGGAGACUAUGAGAAUUGCUUGUUGGAGAUGAUGAUGUCAUUUGUUUCUAAUUGUA